ACCUGGGAGUCGCUCCUUCCGCCCGGGCCUGGUCGCCGCGGAGGGCUGUUGCCGUCAUGUCGGCCGCGAUCGCGUCGCUGGCUGCUUCCUACGGUUCGGGCUCAGGGUCCGAGUCGGACUCGGACAGUGAGGGCGGACGGUGCUCGCUGCCGGCCGCCGACGCCCUCAUGCACCUGUCCCAGUCGCCGUCGGCCAAGCCCGCUCUGGCGGUGGCGGUGGACGCGGCCCCGGAGGUGGCGGUCAAGGAAGACUUGGAGACCGGAGUCCACCUGGAUCCUGCAGUCAAGGAGGUCCAGUAUAAUCCCACCUAUGAGACAAUGUUUGCUCCUGAGUUUGGACCAGAAAAUCCCUUCAGGACGCAGCAGAUGGCUGCCCCUAGAAAUAUGCUUUCUGGAUAUGCUGAACCAGCUCAUAUCAAUGAUUUUAUGUUUGAACAGCAAAGAAGAACUUUUGCCACAUACGGUUAUGCAUUAGACCCUUCGUUAGAUAAUCAUCAGGUGUCUACUAAAUAUAUUGGUUCUGUAGAGGAAGCUGAAAAAAAUCAAGGUUUAACUGUGUUCGAAACUGGUCAGAAGAAAACAGAAAAGAGGAAAAAGUUCAAAGAAAAUGAUGCUUCUAAUAUUGACGGCUUCUUGGGACCAUGGGCAAAAUACGUGGAUGAAAAAGAUGCAGCCAGACCUUCAGAAGAAGAACAAAAAGAAUUGGAUGAAAUCACAGCCAAGAGGCAGAAGAAAGGCAAACAGGAAGACGAGAGACCUGGGGACGAGAAGACAAUCUUACAUGUUAAAGAAAUGUAUGACUAUCAAGGCAGGUCCUAUCUCCACAUUCCUCAGGACGUUGGUGUGAACCUGCGCUCGUCUGUGCCACCCGAGAAGUGCUACCUUCCCAAAAAGCAGAUCCACGUGUGGUCCGGACACACAAAGGGCGUCAGCGCCGUCAGACUGUUUCCUCUCUCUGGCCAUCUGCUGCUCUCCUGCUCCAUGGACUGUAAGAUCAAGCUGUGGGAGGUUUAUGGAGACAGGCGCUGUCUGCGAACAUUUAUUGGCCACAGCAAAGCUGUCAGGGACAUCUGCUUUAGCACGGCAGGGACGCAGUUCCUCAGUGCAGCUUAUGACAGGUACCUGAAGCUCUGGGACACCGAGACAGGACAAUGUGUAUCCAGAUUUACAAACCGAAAAGUGCCUUACUGUGUCAAGUUCAAUCCCGAUGAAGAUAAGCAAAAUCUCUUUGUGGCUGGGAUGUCUGACAAGAAGAUAGUGCAGUGGGACAUCCGAAGUGGAGAAAUCGUGCAGGAAUAUGACCGGCAUUUGGGGGCUGUCAACACCAUCGUCUUCGUGGAUGAGAACAGGAGGUUCGUGAGCACGUCUGAUGAUAAGAGCCUCCGAGUGUGGGAAUGGGAUAUCCCUGUGGAUUUCAAGUACAUAGCGGAGCCCAGCAUGCACUCGAUGCCUGCAGUGACCUUGUCUCCAAACGGGAAAUGGCUAGCAUGCCAAUCAAUGGACAAUCAAAUCUUGAUUUUUGGAGCACAAAACAGAUUUAGAUUAAAUAAGAAAAAAAUUUUUAAGGGCCAUAUGGUAGCAGGCUAUGCUUGUCAGGUGGACUUCUCCCCAGACAUGAGCUAUGUGAUUUCAGGGGAUGGAAAUGGAAAAUUAAACAUCUGGGACUGGAAGACCACCAAGCUCUACAGCCGGUUCAAAGCCCACGAUAAAGUGUGCGUGGGCGCAGUGUGGCACCCUCACGAGACGUCCAAAGUCAUCACGUGCGGCUGGGACGGGCUCAUCAAGCUGUGGGAUUAGUGAGAUUAAUCCUUAAACAUCUAGGAUCAUUUUUGAUCCCAUAUCCUAUUUAACUAUAUUUAAUUAUUAAAUGUGUUUGAGUGACAACUCGA